GGCUCGCGGGCGCGUUAAACGCGAAACAAUCGCCGCGGCGGCGACUACUUCGCACGAAACCGACAGCGCCGACAUCCGACGCGCCACAAUCGUGCGUACCGUAAACAUGGCGACACCGUCCGCGCCAGUGCUCGACAGUUUCGAUAAUAAACAGGGCAUUCCCAAGUCGAAGAGGAAGCUGCAGAAGCACCUACGCAGCGCCGGACUGGCCUACAUAUCGCGCACGGGCAAGCUGAUCCCGGCGAAGAAGGUGGCAGACGAGCUGUGCCAGUGUCCGCACAAGUGCGACGAACUCGUGCCGAUCGAAGCGCGCUACCGCCUUUUCCACCAUUUCUACGGUUUGGGCGAGGCCGACCACCAGAACCAGUUCCUCAGAACCAACAUGGACCUGCGCGCGCGCCUCAACGUCCCGGAGUCGACGGGCUCGGGCCGACCGCCGCGUCGCAUAACCUGCAAGUACCUGGUGCCGCUACUUGACGAAGGCCGAUCGGUCGAGGUGUGCCAGAAGGCCUUCGUCAGCGCGUUCGUCAUCACAACCAAAAGGGUCCGGUUGCAGCGCGAAAAGCUCAUCAGCAGCCUCGGUCUCAACAGUUACCGGAGUCACAACAGGGGUAAGGACAAGGACAAACAGCCGACGCCGACGCCCGAGGAGACCAACAACAACAACGUGAUAACCUUGACGACGCUGACAAACAGCAACAAUAAUAAUAACAACAACGUGAGCAGCAACAACAACAACAACGUUGCCGUCGCUGCCAAGCCCAAGCCGCAGUUGCCUUUAAACCUGAGCCGCGCGUGCGCGGACGACGACGACGGCAUCCCCACCACCGUCAAGUGCAAGAGUCCGCCACCGGCGGCGCCCCGGGCGGACGACCCGAUGCCGCCCAAGAAACGGACGAAACGUAGCGCAAAAGACAACCCUCUCAUUCCCUUCGGGCUGGUCGUGCCCGAGGGGGUGACGAUCGCCCCCGUGUUCGCGACCCCCGACCACGACCGCGACAUCGCGAUCGUUAACAACUUCUUCCACAAUCAGCUGUGGAAGCCCGAGUACAUAGGCGCGUAUUCGUGAGCGUGAGGGAAAAAUGGGGGAGCAGGGGAGUAGGCGGCCCUCGUUGCCGAAGCCACACGCCCGCGACUGUGAUUUUUGUGGUCCAAAAACAACUCAGGUUGUUCGUUACUUAUAGCCUUAAGAUUAGGGAAAAA